ACUAAGAAGAAGACGCAUGAAACUUAUUGAUGUCAUAUAUAUUUUAGACUUAACUUCUCAUUUUAUACGAACACAAUUCAAACCAAGUAGAAGCCUUUCAGUUGAGCUGUGCAGCCGUUCUGGAUGCCAGGAUGAAACCUGCUCUGCUCUGCAUGCUGGGCUUUUUCUUGCUCAGUUCUCUGCUUCAUGGACGUGCUGAAGAUCAAACAACACAGCCUGUCGACGUCACUGAUCCAGACACCAACAAACCUCCUGCAGAAAUCAAGGCAACUCUGACUGCAGAUGAAACAACCAUACCACCAGGGGGCAGUGUGACAUUAACCUGUUCUGUGGGCCAACCUGCUGGUUUAACAUUUGAGCUCUUCAGAGGAUCUUCAUCCACCUAUCAGACCAGAGUUUCUCCUCGAUCAGAUGGAGUUUUCAGGAUCACUGAAGGAGGAAUUUACACCUGCAGAGGAUUUAAAACCGAACAUAACUUUAUGACAACUAUGAGUGAUGAAGUUAUUAUACAGGAAACUGCGUUUCCCCCUCAGCCUGUCCUCUCUGUGUCUCCAUCAUGGCCGAAUCCUGGAGCCUCAGUGACUCUGAGCUGUGAGGGUUUGAAGCUUCAAUCAGCAGGAUGGAGGUUCUUCUGGUAUAAAGCUGUUCCUGAUCCAUUCAAGAGAUACUACAGCGCUGAGCUGCUGCCUGGAAGCACCAAUGGGACUGAGCAGAACUCCUUCAUCAUUAAUGGAUCGACUCACACAGCAGGAUUUGUGUGCAGAGCAGGAAGAGGAAAACCAAAGUUUUACACUGAUUACAGUAAAAUAAAGUUUGUCUGGUCUGCAGAUCCUCGUCCAGCAGCUUCUCUCUCAGUGAAUCCUGACAGAGUUCAACACUUCAGAUCUGACUCUGUGUCUCUGAGCUGUGAGGGAAACUCUACUGAGUGGAGACUGAGGAGGUUUAUAGAAAGAACCAUACAGUCAGACUUUACCUGCUCCUACUGGGGGAAAAUGACUGCAUCUACAUGUACCAUUAAACCAUACUGGUUUAAUAAUGGAGUGUUCUGGUGUGAGUCAAAAUCUGGAGAGUUUAGCAACGCUGUCAACAUCACUCUACAGGUUGAUUAUCAUGAUGGUGUUAUCCUGGUGAGCCCUGUUCAUCCUGUGACUGAAGGAGAUCCUGUUACUCUGAGCUGCAGAGAUAAAAAACUAAAUCUUCUCUCCAAUGUGUUUUUCUAUCAUAAUAAUAAACUCAUCAAUAAUGAUGGCAGAGAGGAGCUGAAUAUCUCUGCAGUGUCAAAGUCAGAUGAAGGUUUCUACAAAUGUCAACAUUCAGGAAAAGAGUCACUAAGGAGCUGGAUGUCUGUUAGAGUAACUGUAUCCAGUCCUGUCAGUUCUUCAUUUCCUGUCAUGUUGAUCAUUGGACCAGUUGUUGGAGUCGUUCUCAUUAUUCUCAUUAUUGUUCUUCUCUUGUUGUGGAGCUGCAGACGGUCCAAAGAUUUAAGCAGUAACAGAUUGAAUCAACCAGAGAGCAUCAAUCCAGCCUCAGCUACAAAUCAUGAAGUGACCCAGAAUGACGGUUCUGUUUACAGCUCUCUGCUUCAUGGUGACACUUCCCUCUAUGAGACAAUCCAACUCAGCAGAGCCUCAGGAAACGCAGAGAAGAUUCAUCAUCCAGCAGAAGAUACUGACUAUGCUAAUGCUAACCCAGGAAAGAGGAAUGUGAUGGUUCGUUCUCCAGCAGGGCUGGUCCAAGGCAAAGGCAACGCAAGCUGAGUGUCUCCUUAGGGCCCGGGGCUGCUAGGGGGCCCUGUAAGUGAAAGUGAUUUUUUUUAUUAUUAUUAAUGAUUUCUAUGUGAUUACAUUAACAAGAACACACAAUUUCCUUAUAAAGUUGUGAUUUUCAAAAAAAUAAAAAUGGCCACAGUGGGUCAAGCUUCACCGGUAAUAUGAGCUGCCUGUAAUGUGCAGUGAACCAGUGGAAGAUAAGUUAGCAAAACAAUGGCGCAAAAAGGACUUAGCUUUCAGGGACAAAGGAAAGAAAGAGGAAGAAUAGAAAAAAGUCGAGAUAAAGGUAUGUUUUUAUGUGUCUUGGUAAUGUAAUGUUUACCAAAAAUAUUAGUGGAGCCAAUAAUGGAAAAUUCAACAGCUAAACAUUUAUGCUAGCAUCUUUGUACUUGUGUGAAACUGAGCUUUAACUUUAAAAGAGUUUAUUGUCGUUGUUGGGCUUAUAUAUUUGAGUUGUUGGUCUUUUUUUUCUUAUAAACAUUUCGUUCAUUGUCGUUUAACAUUAGAUAACAAUAAUUAAAACUUCCCAAAGUUUGACUUUGUCUAGCAAAAUGCUUUUACAUCAAACUACAUGGCUACUGCAUUGAUCUAUCAAUGAGCUAAUCUUAGCUGUAGUUGGUGAUAUAUUGUUUGCUGCUGCACAUGAUAUUUUAUGUGGCUAAAACAAACAUUAUUUUUACAUCAUCUUCUUAAGUAUGUGAAACUUCUCCAGGAGCUGUUAAAAUCAUUUGAAGGCACAGAAUCAGCCCAGUACUGAUCCACAUUCACAGGCUAGAAAAACUCACCUAAUAUAAAUUUAAUAUCUAGCUAUUGGUAUUAUUAGUAUUUCAAUAUCUAUGUAUGUAUUCCCUCUUAAAUCCAAUACAUAGUACAUUUAGUUACUUUUACUACCACUAGCAUAUAGGAUACAAUUUAAAAUGCACAGUCAGAGAUUUAAUAAAUUUAUAGCAGGUGUGCGAAUGAUCUAAUCAUCUGACUAUUGAUUGGAUCAAUCCACAUUAGCAGAAACAAAGCAGGGCUCCAAAACCAAAUUUUGCUUCCAGCCCCAUGGUGGUUUGGGUCAGCCCUGUUCUUCAGCAUACUGCAUCAGAUAAAAGCUGUUAUCUUGUGUAAUCCCAUAUCUUUGUAUGCUUUUAUUACAAU